AGGUACCUCGACUCCACUGUCGCAGAAGAGACCAUGAACUUGCUAGGGCACCUGCUAUUGGCGACUUUAGCAGUUGCAGCCAAGCAGCCCAACAUCCUUUUCAUUCUGACAGACGAUCAAGGAAAAUACGUCGGCGGCUUAGAGCACAUGCCUAAGCUGCAGGAAACCCUCGUCCAACAAGGAACAAGCUACUCCAACCACUUCUGCUCAACCGCACUAUGCUGUCCCUCACGAGCGAACCUCUGGACCGGCCGUAUGCCACACAACACCAACGUAACAGACGUCGACCUCCCCUACGGCGGAUAUCCCAAAGUAGUCUCAGCAGGCUGGAACGACAACUACCUCCCACUGUGGAUGCAAGAAGCAGGCUACAACACCUACUACGUUGGCAAGAUGUGGAACGCCCACACAGAAGGUAACUACAACAAUCCCUACAUACGGGGCUUCAACGGCUCGGACUUCCUUCUAGACCCAUACACAUACCGGUACUGGUUCGCCCGGAUGACGCGCAACGGGGCACCGCCAGCCAAGUACGACGGUCAAUACUCGACAGACGUGAUCAGCGCGAAAGCCGAAGACUUCAUCGACGAGGCUGUCAAGCAUGAUCAGCCGUGGAUGUUGACAGUCGCGCCGAUUGCGCCGCAUUCGAAUGGAUCGUAUGAUCCAACUCGGGACGCAGAGUGGUUUGGGGAGCCGGAAUUUGCGCCGCGACAUGCGGAGUUAUUCAAGGAUGUCCAGGCACCGCGGGAUGAGAGCUUUAACACGCCGAUUGAGGAUGCGGUUAGUUGGGUUGGGGGUGUACCUGAGUUGAACCAGACGCAUGUUGAGUAUAUUGACAAGUUCCAGCGGUGUCGGCUACGGGCUUUGCGGGCUGUUGACGAGAUGGUUGGGAAGCUGAUUGGGAAGCUGGAGCAAGUUGGAGAACUGGAUAAUACUUAUGUCUUCUUCUCGACGGAUAAUGGGUAUCACCUCGGUCAACAUCGGCUGCAGCCUGGUAAGAAUUGUGGUUAUGAAACUGAUAUAAAUGUGCCUCUUAUCGUCCGAGGCCCUAAUAUUGGCAAAAACCAAACCUUGGAUGUCAUCACUUCCCAUACAGAUCUAGCACCCACCUUCUUGAGCUUGGCUGGGACGACUCGAGACGGGUUAGAUGGCAAGAAGAUUCCUACUACCAGUUCUGCCAGCAGAGCGGACAAUAGGACCGAGCAUGUUGCCAUUGAGUACUGGGGCUGGGCCAUACCGGAAGGGAUAUACGGAUACACCAGCGACAAACCCGACGAGCCACACACCAGCUACGGAAGGAACACAUACAAGGCCAUCCGACUCAUCGCAAACGACUACAGCCUCUACUACGCAGUCUGGUGCACAAACGAGAGAGAGUUCUUCGAUCUGAAGAAUGACCCCCAUCAGACGGUGAAUCUAGGUACAGACCCAGCCAAACACACCUACAUGAUUGCCAACCGCGAGCUACCGCAGAUAACUGCGCGUCUGGAUGCGUUGAUGUUGGUGCUUAAGUCGUGCCAAGGCGAUGCAUGUCGGUAUCCCUGGCAACAGCUGCAUCCGGCGGGCGAAGUGAAUAGUCUGGCUGAUGCGCUGGACUCUGGUUUUGAUACUUUCUACAAGGAACAGGCAAAGGUGUCGUUCUCGUCUUGUGAAGAUGGGUAUAUCAUUUCGGCGGAGGGACCCCAGAACUUUAGUAUUUACCGGGGUUGA